GCCCGCGGAGCACUCGCUCUCCCAGCGAUCGCUUACCUGCCACGCACCUGCCGGCCCGGCAGCGAUGAAGGCCGCCCGCAUCGCCCUCCGCAGCGCCGCCCCGCUGGCAGGGGCCAGCGCCGGCAGCAGCAGCGGCCGGUUGCCACAGGAGGUGGAGCAGUUUUCCCGCUUCUCCCCCUCCCCGCUCUCCAUCAAGCAGUUGUUGGACUUCGGCUCGACUAAUGGAUGUGAGAGAACUUCUUUUGCAUUUUUGCGACAAGAACUUCCUGUGAGGUUUGCAAACAUCUUGAAAGAAAUUGAUCUUCUUCCUGAUAAAUUACUAAGCACUCCAUCAGUAAAAUUAGUAAGAAGCUGGUACAUCCAAAGCUUAAAGGAGUUGAUCGAAUUCCAUCAGAAAAGCCCAGAUGACCAAAAAGUCUUAUCUGACUUUAUAGAUACUCUAAUUAGAGUCCGAAACAGACAUCAUGAUGUGGUUCCUACAAUGGCACAAGGAGUAAUUGAAUACAAAGACACUUUUAAAGUGGAUCCUGUCACCAAUCAAAACAUCCAGUAUUUUUUGGAUCGUUUUUACAUGAGCCGUAUUUCCACCCGGAUGCUAAUGAACCAACACACUCUUCUUUUUGAUGAUAAAUCUGGCUCGGGGCACCCAAGGCACAUUGGAAGUAUUGAUCCUUGCUGUGACGUUGUUGAAGUAGUGAAUGAUGCUUAUGAGAGUGCCAAGAUGUUGUGUGACCAGUAUUACUUGACAUCUCCAGAACUGAAACUUACUCAAGUGAAUGGAAAAGCUCCAGGAGAACCAAUUAACAUUGUAUAUGUUCCAUCUCAUCUUUUUCACAUGCUUUUUGAGCUCUUUAAGAAUUCAAUGAGAGCAACUGUUGAAUUCCAAGAAAACAGUUCCACCCUUUCUCCAGUUGAAGUGACAGUUGUUCUCGGGAAAGAAGACCUGGCAAUCAAGAUCUCAGACCGGGGAGGUGGUGUUCCCGUGAGGAAAAUUGAGCGGCUGUUUAGCUACAUGUAUUCCACUGCACCAAGGCCAAAUGUGGAUGAUUCUCGAAAUACCCCUCUUGCUGGCUUUGGGUAUGGCUUGCCAAUUUCUCGUCUGUAUGCUAAGUACUUUCAAGGAGAUCUAAAUCUUUACUCCAUAUGUGGUUAUGGAACAGAUGCUAUCAUCUACUUGAAGGCCUUAUCAACAGAAUCAAUAGAAAAACUCCCAGUUUUUAACAAAUCAGCUUCCAAGCAUUACCAGGCUACCUCAGAGGCAGAUGACUGGUGUGUCCCAAGUAAAGACCCAAAGAAUAUGGCAAAGCAGAGUGCAGCUUCCUGAAGAGAAGCUGAUAUCAAGACAUCCCAGGGGAUCAAGCUGGCUUCAAGAGCAGCAUUUGGAAGUAUUCAUCUACCUUCAAACAAGCAAGUUUCAGGACUAGCAGAAGAAAAAGAAGAUAAGAGUAUCAUAAACAUAGGCUAUAUGCACUGAAUCUGAAACCUUGCUGUGGACUUCAGGAUGAGGAAAAUAGGAGCACAUAUGUCUUUAAAGAAGAGCUGUGUAUAGAGAAAAAUCAAGCUAUUUUUUUACUAUGAUCAAAGACUUGGUGUGGUAGGGGUGUGCAAUUUUUAAAUCCUGUUUAAUGCUUGAAUUCUUAAUACUGACUGAUAAACGAGUUAUGCUGAUGCAUAUUUUUCUGUUAGAAUAGUUAUCAGCAGUUUAUUUUAUUACAGAACUUCUCAGGUAGAUAAUUAGCAUCCAUACUUUAAAGUUGUAUUUAUAAUGUUUGGAAAAGAUCUACUUAACAUGGCAGUCUUGUAGCAAGAUACAAACAGCGUUCAAGUACAGCCUGACUGGAAGAGGGGGAGCCUGGGAGGUAGGGACAAAGUGUUUGCCAUAUGUAAGGAAGUCCCAUUUUAAAAAAAAAGCUAUUCCAGGAAUAAUUAAGUGAUCUUCAUCUUAAGUGAUGCCUUGCUCUGUGAGUCACACUGCUAGAUAUUUUAUGUUAAACUGUGCAUGGGAAAUCAGCCAAGUAGGGCUUCAAUGCAUAAGGUAAUGAAGAAGAAAAUCAGGAUAUUUUUAAGACCUACUAAAAAGAAAUGGAAAGCUACUUGGUUAUAAUAGCUCUAACGUUAGGGUACAUCUGGCCUUUGUCCCUGUAUUCUGGAGAUUGUGUGCCAAGUCAGUUAGGAUUUACCAAGAACUGAGGUCAGACAUUGCACGUUGAACAGAAAGGUUUUGGUGAUGUGUAUUGUAUAAGCAUGUUGUGAAGAACAGCAUGUUUAAAAUACAGUCUUGUGGCUUGUUUCUGUUAUGCUGUUAGAUUAGUGGCUCAAUACACUAAACCAAAAUUGUCUUUUUCAGAUUGUCCAAUUGUCAAUUUCAAACUGUCACAACACCAUUUUAAAUUGUCAAACUUGCAAAUUAUCUUUUUCAAAUUUGUGUUGGACCACAUCAGCUCAAAGAUGUACAUAGGGAAUCUGUACCCUGAAAGCUGCAGAUGAGCACUGAAGGUCUGUAGAAAGGUUUUCAGGAGUGGUGUUGGAACUGUAAAAAAUUAUUCUAAGAACUGUUCAUUGCAAUGGAAAGAGCUUAGGAAAUGUUUCAGAAUGUAAACAACACUAAAAACUACUGGAAAGCUUUUAUGAAGAGCAAAAUAGGGGCAAUCCCACAGGAAAAAUGCCAGUGAGAGAGAGUUGUUCAGAAAAUGUUCCAUUCUCAGUAAGCUUCUUCCUUGCCCAUCUUUGUGUGUUUUCACUUUUGUAAGCAAGGUAGACUUUAACAGAUGCUAAAUUAUUGGAUGUUGCCAAGCUAGCCAGUCAAAAGUUCAUCAGGGAUGUAGAAUAUUACUUGAAAUUAAUUUUGUAUUAAUUAUCAUAUUAUCUUCUGUUUAUGUGAUCCUUUGCAAAAAGUUACAAAUACAGUAAAGCAUCCUGCUCAGUGUGACAAUUUUCUAUUAGAGAUUUCUAUUUGUAGGGCAGAAAAUGACUCGAUAUUCCACUGUAAAUCUAAAAUGGUUUUCAAUAGGAAACUACCUUUGCAUUCUUGAAGUCCCGUUGAGAUAUAUUUCUCAUUGAAAAUAAAAUAUAUUUUGAUAUGCCUCAUUUAUUUUAAAAACUAAUUUUAUGUAUUCAUGAUAUCUGCUGAGCAUGAUGAUCUCAGUACUGCAUCUAGGCUGUUUUUAUCCUGGUGAAUGAGCUGUAGUCACCAAAAGUCACCAGAUCAUGCAUCUGAGCUCAGCUCAGUGAAUGAUAUGGCUAAUAAAAAAGAAAUACCUUUGUCUAGAAUAUACAGGUGUAAAAAAGCUGCUUUCACUAUCAAAAGUAAUUGAUAGUUGAUGAUUUUUGAAUGGAAUACAAGGUCACAAACACAUACCAAAAUAGUCAUUGUUGUUAAGUACACACCAUUUAUACCUUUCUGUCUGCAUCCAGUAAUGCUUGAACCUGAGUUAUGCUCUGAUGGUACACUUGUAACACAGCUGCAGCUGCUUCAGUUAGUAAUUUCUCUUUCAAAGCAGCUGAGGCACAUAUGUGCUGCAAAAAUGUUUGUGAUGCUGCUUGCAGAGCAAAGCUGUGGAACAUUCAUGAUGCAGGCAGAAGUUGUGAAGCACUUAAGGAACACACAUGAAAUCCGUGUAGUAUCUAGGCUAUCUACCUAGAUAAUGCUACUACUACUCCACAUUUUGCAGCAUUCACUGACUUUUUAUUCUAAAAGCAGAGCUGUAAUUUUAAGUCUUUAAACUUGGAUGUAGAUGUUGAAAUAGUUUUAUAAUAAAAUGUUUUAAAUGCU